CUCCAUUGCUGUUUCUAUCUCUCUCUCUACGAAGAAAGAAGAAAGAACGGGUUUGUAGUUGGUCGUUGCGUUUCUUCUCGUUAAAAACAUCAUCUUCACUCUCAGUUACCUAUUUUUUUCUGUUCCUCUCUAAACGCGCGAACAGAAUCUGAUUCUGAGAUCUUCUUACAUUUUCAUCGAUCUGUCUGCUGGUGUGACAAAGAAGAAAAAUAGAGAUAGAGAUAGAGAUAGAGAUAGAGAUAGAGAUAGAGAUAGAGAUAGAGAUAGGGUUUUGAUGUUUCUCCUGUUUGUAGUCUCUUUCUUAAUGACCUGUUUGAUGCAUUCUCAUGUAUAAAUAAACAAGCAUCUACUACGUUGAUCUCCUCCUUUUUGAAGUUUUUUUUUAUAUGUAAAAAGAAAAAAAAAAAGAGAAACUUUUUUCUCUUGAAGACUCAAAAAGGUUCAGACCCACAAGUCUUACCUUUACCUUUCCUUGGUCAGCUUUUGAAAGUUUUGAUUUUUAUUCAACAUUCAAUUUUGGCGAUGUGGGUUUUAAGAAACGCUCCUCUGUAUUAUAGUCAGCUGAGGAACUAUAUUCAUCAUUAGUGUUCUUGCAUAAAGUAGCUGGAACCAAAAUUUUUUAAAAAAAAAGUGAUAACUGGGAUCUAAGAUCUCUCUCGCUGGAGGACCGUGUGUGUGAUUAUACAACAGCUGGUCUGGAGUGUCUUAUUAAUAUAAUCAGGGCCCUGAGAAUGGGGUCCUGUUUAUCUGCAGAGAGCAUGAGUCCUACACCGGGCUCUCCUUGCUCUCCUGGCUUUGGUGUGAAGAAAAGAAAAAACUCUAAGAAGAGACUUGGUUCCAGGAACUCCUCCUUUAAUCACAGGAGAGAUGAUGAUGAUCCGUUGUCUACGGUUCCGGGUCGGAUGUUCUUGAAUGGAUCAAGUGAGGUUGCUUGUAUCUUCACUCAACAAGGCAAGAAAGGGCCUAACCAAGAUGCCAUGGUUGUUUGGGAGAACUUUGGUUCAAGGACAGAUACAAUCUUCUGUGGAGUGUUUGAUGGGCAUGGUCCAUAUGGUCAUAUGGUUGCAAAGAGUGUCAGAGAUAGUCUCCCUCUCAAAUUAAAUGCUUAUUGGGAACCUAAAGUACCUAUUGAAGGUGCUCUAAAGACCACCACCACUGCUAAUAGUGCCGACAACAUCAACAACUCUGAAGAUGCUGAGGAGGAGAACAUGGAAGAGACACAUUCCGAGUUGUUUCAAACUCUAAAAGAGGCGUUUCUUAAGGCUUUCAAAGUUGUGGACAGAGAACUUAUAUUCAAUGGAAGCGUUGACUGUUUCUGCAGUGGGACAACCGCUGUGACUUUGAUCAAACAGGGUGAGUAUCUCGUUGUUGGAAACGUUGGGGAUUCUAGAGCUGUGAUGGGGACAAGAGACGGUGAAAAUGGUCUUGUUGCUGUUCAACUAACCGUGGAUCUCAAGCCAAAUCUCCCAGCUGAGGAAGAGAGAAUAAAAAAGUGCCGUGGACGUGUGUUUGCUCUCAAAGAUGAACCUGAAGUUUAUAGAGUUUGGCUGCCAAACUGUGACUCACCUGGACUUGCCAUGGCACGUGCUUUCGGUGACUUUUGUCUGAAAAACUUCGGUCUAAUCUCUGUCCCUGAUGUAUCAUUCCGUAGAUUAACCCAAAAAGAUGAGUUUAUAGUGUUGGCUUCAGAUGGGAUAUGGGAUGUACUCUCAAACGAAGAGGUAGUGGGGAUUGUAGCUUCAGCAGCACCAUCUCGUUCCUCUGCGGCAAGAGCUGUAGUUGAGUCUGCGGUUAGAGCUUGGAGAUACAAAUACCCGACCUCCAAAGUCGAUGACUGUGCUACGGUAUGCUUGUAUCUAGACUCUAACAACACAAACGCCAUAUCUACAGCUUCUUCCAUCUCCAAACUGGCAGAUGAGGAACUAAAAACCGCGUCUGAGAAUGAUGAUGAAUCAGGACUAAGCGGUCUAGGCCGUUCGAGUAGUGUCAGGACGAGUAAAGAGAUUGCUCUUGAUGAGAAUGAAGCUGAAAGGCUGAUAAAAGAAGAAGAGGAUAAUAUGGAUACAGAGCAUGGAACAGAGUAUUCUGCACUAGAAGGUGUUGCAAGAGUUAAUACACUUUUGAAUUUGCCAAGAUUUGUGCCUGGAAAGUGAAAAGAAAGAAGAAGAGUUUGAAGUGAAGAAAGAGAUAUAAUCAAAUAAAAUCCAGUAGAGAUUGUCUUUUUUUUUAUCACGUUUCUACAUUGAUCUCUAACGAUCAAAUUAAUUGACAAGAGGAUUUUUUUUUUUUUGUACUGUUCUCCAUUAAUUAAACUUGAAGAACCCUACAAUAGUUCAGAGUUUUUACAGCUCCAUUA